UCACCUACUUGCAUAUUCAGUCAUCGCUGAUUGUCUGGACAGGGCUCAACGUCUACACUUGCUCCAUGCACAAUCCGUCACCGAUCAAGGGAUCAAGAAUUGCGUUCACCUUGACUGAUUGGAAUAAGAAGCAGGUAGCUGCACGAGACUCAGUGUUGCCAUGUUGGUGAGGAGGAGCAGAAAGAAUGUGGUCGGUGCGGUGUUGUUCCUCUCCCUACCCAUGGCCUACCUGGUGCUGUACGGUGCCGGAAAGUUGUUUCAACUGCAUAGAGAAUGGACAAAAGUUCCGGCCCCUGCACUGCCAAAGAUACGGGAAAUCACGGAUCUUCGCAAAACAUCAGCGACGACCCAGAUCAGGGCCAUCGCACAACACACUCCUGUCAAGCACGACGGCUUCAAUCGGACACUCCAACAUACCACGGGCAAACCGCUCUGGACCUUUAACGACGAAAACAUAGCAAAAAUAAGGCGCGACAUAGAGGACGUGUGUCACCUACAGAAGAACAUCGCCAUGACCAAGUGGAACACGUGGGUGGGGAUGGCCUUCCCGUACGACCAGGAGCCGAGGAAAAUCUUCCGCCUCACCCGAACCCUCUUCAACCUUUUCCCGGAGAAGGCCCCCUUCGAAGGCCAACUCUUCAACACCUGCAGUGUCGUUGGCAACGGCGGCAUCCUCCUCAACUCAGGCUGUGGUCCGGAAAUCGACGCCGCGGAUUUCGUCUUCAGAUGUAAUCUUCCGCCCCUCCGAGGCUUCGAGAAGGAUGUUGGGAGAAAAGUGAACCUGACUACCAUGAACCCCAGCAUCCUGAGGAUCUACUAUGGACGACUGGAAACAGAGAAGGACAGGGACGACUUCGCACAGAAGAUGGUCGAACUGAAAUACAGCUACCUCCUUAUCCCUAUCUUUGUCACCAUCAGGGGAGCGAAAGAUGUCCAGAUCCUGAGCGAGUUUCUCAUGUCCAGAAAGGAUCUGUUCGUCAAGCCGCUAUUUCCGUCCAAGAUCUGGGCUAAGACCGUUAACAUCUACUGGAAGUUAAAGAGCGGGAGCAAGCUUGUAGAAUCUCGGCUGACGACUGGGCUUCAGCUCCUGACCACAGCCUUGUCCAUGUGCAAGCACGUCAACAUGUACGGCUACUACCCUAGUGAGAUCAGCCCAUCGGGAACGCACAUUCCGUACCACUAUUUCGAGCCGAACAGCACCUACAACUACACGUACGGCAUGGGCGGAAUACACAACAUGACGAAAGAGUACGAAGUCGUCUUCCAGGACAUGGACGUCAAAAGGAUAGCGCGAUUGAGGCACCAGUGCAACGCCCCCUAACGACUCGUAGAGACACUUCAUUUUCCGUUCUUGGCGAAGCGCUUCCGUGUUUGUGCUCCGCUGUGUUUAAGGAGUUUUUGCUUUGAUAUGUAAAGUUAUCUGGCACUUCAUCCAACCAAAAAAACAGCCUAUAUGCCUAUGAGCACGUCGCUUUAGACGUCCUGGCGAAUUUCCUCCCUAUCAUUACGUUAGUUCACGUGAUAACCAGAUUUUAUAGUGAAAUUUCCUGCCACUGAAAGAAAAGGCAGUCAGAUUCCUUCACCUUUAUUACCAUUUACAGGUCAUUUACCGCAUAUCUUUGAUUGAAAAUCAUGUCAUAAAGAGAUUAAUUUGCCGGUGGCAAAUGAAUUAAAAGGUGCAUUUAUUGGAUUUCCACCUGCAUCAGACGCGGGGAU